AGCGCUAUCUGCGCGCGCCAAAAUUGAAAAUUUAGAAUGCAUUUUUUAUAAUUCAAAAUUAAUUAUUCAAACGACAUGCACACACAAAAUCAAUAUUGCAGAAAUUUACUGCAGUUAAAAUGUAUACUCUGUGCCCUCCCACGGUCGGUAUUUUCGGCUGCUUCGCCUUAGUCCUGGGGGUCAUAUCCUCGCUCUAUGUGAUUCCCACAAUAGAAAAUUCUUACCUUUUACACGCGGUCUAUCAGAACGGGUCGUUUUUAUUGAACGAAUUUUUAAAACCGGAAGUAAAAACCGUUUUCAAAAUUUACUUUUUAGACGUUACAAACAGUGAAGAAGUAAAAAAAGGAGAAAAACCUAUUGUGAGAGAAAUUGGCCCUUACGUUUACAAUGAGUUUAAAUUUAGAACAAUUAUUAACUACACGGAAACAUCGGACACGUUUGAUUUUUUUGAAAAAACCCAACUUUUUUUCAACGCAGAGGAAAGUGGUGGACGGUCCGAAAACGAUUUUGUUACCGUAAUAAACAGCGCUUUGAUCACUAUUGGGAAUAAUAUUGAGGAUCAAAUUAAACACCAAACUAGCAAAGUCGACGAUGUGUUUGAGCAUUUUUUGGAUGAUUAUGAUUUAUUCAUUAAGGCAAAAGUUCGUGAUAUAUUAUUCGAUGGUAUUGUUAUAAACUGUUCAAACGAAUCUGGUCUGGUUUGUUUGUAUUUAAAAACCGAACAAACGGAGUUUUUAAGACCAUUCGGUAAUGAUUUAAAAUAUGCAAUUUUCAAUCAUAUAAAUGUAAGUGAAAACGGACCUUUCAAAAUCCAGAUACGCAACAAUGAUAAUAAAAGGGGGCACAUACUGGCGUACCAAGGACGCAAAACUUUAAAUAACUGGAGUUUAAAACACAAAUGCAACGAAAUUAAAGGAUCAAACUUGAUCAUAUUUCCUCCCUCGAUGUCAUCAACCCAAGUCAUUUACACAUUUUUCAGUGAAUUUUGCAGGUCAAUAGCUUUCCCAUUCGACAGUUAUAGCAAAAUUCGUGAUGUACCAGCUUCUGUUUAUGUAAUGAGUCGAGAGACUUUUGAUUCAUCUAGAAAAAAUUCCUGUUUUUGCAAAGCUUCGGGAAUAAAACGAGGUUCCUUGUCUUGCAACGUUAAGGGAACGAUGAAUUUAAAGAAUUGCAAAAAUAUGGCUAUUAUUUUAUCGCACCCGCAUUUUUAUCUCGGUGACGACGUGCUCCUAAAUUAUGUUCAAGGAUUGUCACCCGAGAAAAAAAUACAUGAGUCUUUUAUAACACUUGGAGCUAGAAGUGGAAUUAUUCUAAAUUAUGCGGUUAGAUUCCAGUUUAAUGUCCCAAUCAAACGAAAUAAACACUUGGGUACAACAAACAUGAGAGAAGGCAUAUUUCCAGUUUUGUGGACGGAAGAAAUUCAGGAGUUGGAUGAAAAAGUGAUUAAUUUUUUUCAAAAUAUGUACCAUUUUAUCAAUAUGUUACAUCUUCUAAAAAAUGUAUUGGUGACAUUUGGAAUUUUGUUAAUGGUGUUUUCGGUAGUUUUAAUGGUUUACCGCGACUGGAAUACAGUUUUUGAAUCUGGAGCAACUAAAAAAAUAAUUACUGGUAGAUCUGCGUGCAAUGAAAAAACGAACGCGAACUUAUUUCCGCAAACAACGAACAGAAACAUAAGUGAUGGUUUCAUAAAGAGGAAUCAGCCUAAGAAAAUAUUUCUAAAGAAUGUGAUCUCUAAAUAAGAAAUAAAUUUGUAGGAGCACUAAAAAUUGCAAAAUAAAACAACAACAAAAUAAGACU